UCAGUUUGGGGCAAAGAGAGAAAUUGGAAUCUUUAAAUUGAAAUGAAAGUUAGAGCUCGUAGCUGUUGUAGUUGAUAAGAAUAGUGUUGAUCGUAGCAGUAAUUGUUGUUAAUAAUAAUGAAGUCGAUAAGAGUUAUUUCAAAUAAUAAAUAAAAUAUCUGAAAUUCUAGUUAGCUAAGCUAUUUUUAUAACCUAAGUUUAGUCAUCGAGUUUAUAGGUUUGGUAAAUGAAGAGGUGACAAACGCUACUAUACAUUUGCUAAUUUAUUUUCAAUGCUACAAUUACAAUUAGGUACUUAAUGUAUCAAACUGUGAUUAAUUAUUGAAGUGAUAAUAAUAUGAUCAGCGUUUGCAUUAGAUAUCAUAUUUAAUCUUCUCACCUGUGAUACCAAUCAGUUGAUUAAGUUGCUAGUUACCUAUUCCUAAGAUGGAGAGUUUAAGUGAGUGGUACAGGGACCUCAUGGAUAGCAGAGGUGAUCCCCGUGUGAAGGACUGGGCCAUGAUGUCUUCCCCGCUACCAACGUUGGCCGCCUGCCUGUGCUACGCGUUUUGCGCCAAGAAGCUUGGGCCAGCCCUGAUGUCCAGCCGCAAACCAUUCGAUUUGAGAAAUACCCUGGUCAUAUACAACUUUGUUCAGACCGUGUUCAGUGCUUGGAUAUUUUAUGAGUACAUGGCGAGCGGUUGGUGGGGCGAUUACAACUUCCGGUGUCAGCUUGUUGACUAUUCCCGAAGCCCAAAGGCGAUGAGGAUGGCAAACACUUGCUGGUGGUACUACUUCAGCAAGUUCACGGAGUUCUUCGACACACUGUUCUUUGUGCUUCGCAAGAAGAACGAGCACGUGUCGACUCUGCACGUCAUCCACCACGGCAUCAUGCCUAUGUCUGUAUGGUUCGGACUCAAAUUUGCACCAGGUGGCCACAGCACCUUCUUUGCGCUGCUGAACACGUUCGUGCACAUUGUGAUGUACUUCUACUACAUGGUGUCUGCCCUUGGACCUCGCUACCAGAAAUACAUCUGGUGGAAGAAGUACCUCACUGCCUUCCAAAUGGUGCAAUUCGUGCUGAUCUUCAGCCACCAGCUCCAAGUGCUCUUCCGGCCUUCGUGCCAGUACCCUCGCGUCUUCGUCUACUGGAUCGCGAUGCACGGCUUCCUCUUCCUCUUCCUUUUCACGGACUUCUACAAAGCGCGAUACAAUAAGGCCGAGAAGUCCAGACUCAACAUGGGACUCUGCAUGACGGUGCUAGAAGACAGUUCGAAGAACGGCUACAAGCAAGAGGACUCGUCGGUUCCGAACUCGUACGCGUCGUCGGCCGCGGACGCGUUCGUUCGCCGGCGGCCGGUCACGUAGUGCGUGACUUAGUUCUAAUCCGCGAGGACUUUCUACGCCCGUUCGUCGCCAUUUUAACGCACUCGCAUGUAAUAUUAUCGUUUUGGACUAAAAUCAUUUUAUUCAAUUAUUAUUUUCUUUUCAAUUUAGCAAAACCGCAUCGAUGACGAAACGUCUCCAUAGACGGUUUUACGCCAUUCCUUGCGACACCGAUUACUAUGUGGCUCUUUUAUUACACUUUUGUGAAUCUUUUCGCUCGCAACGUUCUUAAAUUUUUAUUAUUCCACGUAUUUCGUCCGACACAGUCGAAAACAAUGAUUUGAAACGGUCAAAAGUUUGAAAUAAUGCCUUAUAAACGUGUUUCGCGUGUUUCGUGUGCUUCGUGAAGGUCGACGGGCAUUUACGCAGAUUGUUUCUGCAAUUCUUUUAGGUUACUCUUUAGCUUUUUGUGUAAAUAUAAUUUUAUUGCAUUUUAACUUAUGUCACCGGAGAGUUCGAUCCGGUGAACCUAUUCACUCUUGAAUAAAAAUAUUUAUACAACUUUCGGGUAUUUCAGUCGGGCUAUUAGAAGUAAACGAACCGACCGAAGCGCUCGUCGCUUUUAAUCCAAAUUCUAUAAACCUUAAGGUUCGGUUCGCUCGUUCAAAGUUUGACUUACGUAUUUGUGUAUCGCCGUAAGGGACUUCAGUUUUAGUUUUAAGCUAACCGUGCGCACCCGUAGCGCGUUGUAAAUUAGUCGUUAACAGUUAAGGUGCUUGCAGAGAGACGUAUAGCGUAUUGUAUAGGAAUUUAUUCUACGACACGGAAACGGAUGUGAUCGUAUUUUAAGAGAGUUAAAUUCGUAGAUAUUGAUUUAUGCUUCACCUCCGUAAUGUUAUUGUGGGUCGAUUGUGAUAAACUGCAGGUCGAUCGAACUGGCAAAACCGUAUUUUCAAAUACGUAUCAGUAUCCGGAGCCGUGGUGUAUCGAAGUUAUCGAAAUCCAUAGACAUAGAACUGUUGUAUAGAAGAUAGAACAAAUGUAGAAUUAGAUGAAUUACUGUUUCUGUACAAUUUAAUACUCGAAAUUGUGAACGACUUAUGUUUUCAAACAGUCGUAGAAUGACGAAAAAUCGCGGUUAUUUUUGGCAUUUGACAUGUUUUCUUACGUCGCCAUCUUGAAUAUUAUGCAUAUAUGACAAGUCAUUCUGCCUUAUACAGAAAUAUUGUUUGAAUGAUUUCUUUAAAUUUUUCGAAAAAAUCGGUUUAUUAAAAAAAAUGGGUUGAUGGGAUCCUCUUUAUAAAAACAUGUUUUUCAGUGGCAUUACGGCCCCUGUCAGCUAAAAAUUAUAAUAUUUUUUUCUGCCAUUAAUUGCCAAAGUCAUGAUGAAGUUUGAAAUAGUUUAGCCGACAAUUUUUAACGUCAAAUUUCGCUAGGAAUCGGAGGGAAAUAGUUAGUUAAUCGACUGUGCUGGAAAUUUCCAACGAACUCGAUCAAUAUAGAAACAAUUGAACUAAUGUUUUGUAUAUUUUUAAAGUUUUAGGUUUUAGGGUAGUGAUUUGAUACGGGUGUGCACGGCAAUGGUGAGCGAAGUUCGAGGGCACUGACAUGGCUCGCGGCGAAACUCGUUUUAAAAUGAAUUCUAUUCAAAUUGAUUAAAACUAAAUCCGUGUUGAAAAACGUGUGUACAUUUAAAACUUUGAAUUGUUUUAUUUUAUUUGGCAAUUAUUCUCAAUAACUAAAUAACGAAAUAUGUCAGUGUCGUCGAAGCGUUACUUCGUGCCACAUUCUUGUAUUACCGCUUUAAGUGUUGUCGCGUGGAGGCUUGGGGAUGCGCCGGCGCCGGUCACAGUGCUCAAACAUUCUGCAAACUCACUAUGGCAAUUUAUUUAUUAUUUUAAUAAAGUAUUUUCCAAUUU